UGUGUGGUCAACUCCCAGCAGCCUUCAGCCCUCAGAACCUCACUGAGAUUGGAUGGCCCUGGCAUGCAGCCAUCUACCUCCGCUCCCACAUCAUCCGCAGAGCUGGCUCUGGCCUACAGACGGCACCAGAGGAGGCCUCCUCUCCCUGGCAGCUGGCGUGCAGUGGAGCACUAGUCACCCAGCUCAGUGUGCUGGUGGCAGCUCAGUGCCUGGUGGUGGCAGGAGUGGGCAAGCCGCAGUGGGUUGAUCCAGCCAACAUUAAAGUGGUGAUGGGAAUGCACAGCCCGGGCCAGAUGAGGACACUGAAACAACUGCAGGUUUCCUCUGUCCUGGUCCAUCCCAGCUUUGAUCCUGUGACACUGGACUCGGACCUGGCCGUUCUGAAGCUACGGGACAAGGCCAAGAUCAGUGAGCGUGUGCUGCCCGUGUGUCUCCCCAAAAUGCAAGGCGGGGAGGUGACCGCCACACAGGGCUAUGCCACAGGCUGGCUCCUUGCAUCUGACUCAAGGUCCAGUUCCAAACCCAGCCUAGACGCCGAGACAGCCCAGACUGGAGUAGUCGAGCUGGGGGAUGUCGUUCAGUGCGAGAGGCAGUUUGCUCAGAGCGGGGCCCCUGUCACCAUUACUGACAAUAUGCUGUGUGCAAUGCGCCACCCUCUCAAUCCCACCAAGCCUUGUCCCACUGUCAGUGCAGGCAUUACAAUCAUACCAUCUCCUGCCACUAAGCCAUCAUCGGGUCCUUCGGGGGGACAGGGGGAUGAUAGUGUUGUCUGGGAGCUUCUGGCAUUAGAAAGUUUUGGUUAUGAGAAAUGGAACUGUGGCCCAGGGCUUUACACAGUCCAUACCCGGAUAAACAACUUCAAACACUGGAUACAGAAAAACAUGAAGUAGAUCUCUGAUUUGACUCCAGUCUCAGCCACUCUGUCACCAUCAUUGACAGCCUGUGUUAUUUUUCUAACAACUCACUUACUCACUGUUGCCAGUUCCCUGAAACAGAUAACAGGGCUAAGUGCUUGGCAGUGUAUUCGGCUGAGCCAAUUGGAAACUUCCUAAGACGAGAUGUGGGGAGGACAGUCAUCCCUGGCACUAUUUACUAUGAUGUAUAUUUACCACUAAUUACUAUCAUGUACACUGAACAAAAAUAUAAACGCAACAUGUAACGUGUUGGUUCCAUGUUUCAUGAGCUGAAAUAAAAGAUCCCAGAAAUGUU